AUGAUCACCCCAGAGCUGCGUGAUGCGAGGCAUGGUAACCGGAUAUGCAGGAAAAUACAAAGAGGAAAUCUUGGAAGCCUUCAAAGAGAAGGAAAACACAAACCAGAUGAACCCUAAGAAACCGAAAAUCCUCCUCUGGAUGUUCACAAAUUGAAAAAAGGCUGGAUGGGGCACCUUUGUAUGUAUCUCUCGCUCAUACUGACCAUUGCCAUACUAGCAACAAAACUUUCAAAGUGUUCCCGAACUAUGGCAUGUGAGGAUGAAUGGAUUGGAUUAAGAAAAAAGUGUUUCUAUUUUUCCAGUGAUACCAAAAAUUGGACAGCCAGCAAAAGAUUCUGCAGUUCACAGGGAUCAGAACUUGCUCAUAUUGAUACACGAGAGGAUAUGGAUUUUUUGAGGAAGCAUGCAGGAACUUCUAUGCACUGGAUCGGAUUGAACAGAAAACAAGGAGAGUCUUGGAAGUGGACCAAUGGCACCAUAUUCAAUCCUUGGUUGGAAAUUAGUGGGAAUGGAUCCUUUGCAUUUCUGAAUGCUGACGGAGUCCGUAGUUCUAGGGGAUUUAUUGAUAUCAAGUGGAUUUGCAGCAAACCUAAGUUUUAA